CCCGGCCGGGCGAGGCGCGGGGAGGAGUCGCGGAGGGGCCUCCCAUCUACUCUUCCUGGGGCUCGGGCUCGGGCUCGGCCUCGGAGGCGGGGCGCCUGGACGAGGAGCGGCCCCGAGCUCCCGAGUCGCCGCCGCCGCCGCCGCCGCCGCCGCCGCCGCCGCCGCCGGGGGCCUGGCGCUCCCCUCGACCGUGGGGCGCCCGCUUCUGCAGCCGCCGGCGGAACAUGGCGCCGUGGACGUUCUGGCGCUGCUGCCAGCGCGGCGUGGGCUGGGUGCCGGUGCUCUUCAUCACCUUCGUGGUCGUCUGGUCCUACUACGCGUACGUGGUGGAGCUGUGCGUGUUUACUCUCUCUGGAAAUGGAGAAAACGGAAAGGCCGUUGUUUACCUUGUGGCUUUCCAUCUGUUCUUUGUUAUGUUUGUAUGGUCCUAUUGGAUGACAAUUUUCACAUCUCCCGCUUCCCCCUCCAAAGAGUUCUAUUUGUCCAAUUCUGAAAAGGAACGUUACGAAAAGGAAUUCAGCCAAGAAAGACAACAAGAAAUUUUGAGAAGAGCGGCAAGGGACUUACCUAUCUACACCACAUCAGCUUCAAGGACCAUCAGAUAUUGUGAAAGAUGUCAGUUGAUUAAACCUGACCGGGCACAUCACUGCUCAGCAUGUGACAUAUGUAUUCUUAAGAUGGAUCAUCACUGUCCUUGGGUGAAUAACUGUGUGGGAUUUUCUAAUUACAAAUUCUUCCUGCUGUUUUUAUUGUAUUCCUUGUUAUAUUGCCUUUUUGUGGCUACAACAGUUUUACAGUACUUUAUAAAAUUUUGGACGAAUGAACUCUCUGAUACACGUGCAAAGUUCCACGUACUUUUUCUUUUCUUUGUGUCUACAAUGUUCUUCAUCAGCGUCCUGUCACUUUUCAGCUACCACUGCUGGCUGGUUGGAAGAAACAGAACAACAAUAGAAUCAUUCCGCUCACCCACAUUUUCAUAUGGACCUGAUGGAAAUGGUUUUUCUCUUGGAUGCAGUAAAAAUUGGAGACAAGUCUUUGGCGAUGAAAAGAAAUACUGGCUACUUCCAAUAUUUUCAAGCUUGGGUGAUGGGUGCACUUUUCCAACUCGCCUUGUGGGGAUGGAUCCAGAACAAGCUCCUGUUACAGAUCAAAAUGAAUAUGCUAGAAGUAUUGGCUCAAGUCAACCCUUUCCUAUCAAACCGCUUAGUGAAUCAAAAAACCGAUUGUUGGACAGUGAAUCUCAGUGGACAGAGAAUGAAUCUGAGGAAGGCACUGUCAGAUCAGGGACAAAUAACCAUGUUACAGUGGCAAUAGAAAAUUGAGUACCACUGGUUCAUAACUAACCAUUUGAAUAAGAACAAGGUUUAUAAAAACAUAUUAUGGACUGAUAUUUUCAGUUUUAUUUGCAAGAAAAUGAUCAAUGGAAUGAAAUAAUUGAAGUAUAACAGAAGAUAUAUUUUUUAAAAAAGGAAGCCUUUGUACAGAUCGCUGGAUCCACAGAAGCACUACUCCAGAGCAGGAAGAUGCCUUAAUCUAACAUAAGCCCGUUUGUGCUACAUCGACUGACUGCUACAAAAGUGACUUAAUCUUAUUUUGGAAAUAACACUUACCUGUUAUGAGAUGCUACAGUAUGAGCUAUCAAAACACGUGUUAACAUGGCAGAUGUAUUUUUUUGACACCUGAGUUCUAUUGUUAGAGUCGUUUCUUUGUAUCCAUAUAAAUUCUCACUCCAACAAGCUGAGAAGUUGUCUUAAGUGAAGUACAUGUAGGGCAGUGUGGUGGCUGAAGGUGAUCGAUAAUAUCCACUUACUGUUGCUUGUACUGUGUAAGGAAAAGAAAAUAACUUUUUUUUAUUGGGUGUUUGCUAAUUUAUAAUUACUGUUUUAUACUUUUCAACAUUUUUAAUAAUAAAGUUUUUUUAUUGUUGGCUAUAAAACAACACUCAGAAAGAUUCAGAUAUCUAAAUAUAGUUAUUUAAAACAUGGAGCACAUUUGUAUAAUUCAUUGAGGGCUUAGUUCUAAGCAUUAAUACAACCAUGUAAUGUAGUGUUGUGCCCAAGGCUUAAGUAGAAAUAUUUUUGGUUUUCUCUGCUUUCAAAUUCCUUUUUUGUUGAACUUUCAUGGGUAUUUUUAUGGGCAGGGAAACACAAAGGCACAUGUGCUAUAGGAAUAUUGGACACAGAACAGUGGCAGUGGCUAGGAGAAAAGUAAAGAGGAAGAUGGGCAGGUUUUGUAAGCUGUUAAAAAUUACUUGUCGUCCUAAGGUAUUUAGGAUACACAUGCUGUUGACUUUCAAAUGUCAGUUUAGGUGAUUACUAAAAAUUGCUUGGAAACUUUUUACAGCGAUGCUAUAAAGCUUAAACGGUGACUUAAAAUGCAAUUUGAACUAGAAUAAAACUGCUUAGCAUAAUUCUACCUUCAGGAGAGAAAUUCUAACCUGAGUAGUCCAUUUAAAACUUCCAGUCUGUGAGCAGUGGAUUCCACUAUUCGUGCCAAUUUUGAAAUCUGACUUCCUUUGGAAAUCCUUUUCCUUUGGAAAUCCAGUCUAAGCGACAGGAAUUGUUGAAUUAAUUCUAAGGGGAAAUACUGUACCCUGUAAAGGAGAAACAACAUAGAAAUGUUACCUCAUUUGUCCUGUUUAGUCCUGUGUGCACACACAAACCAAAAUGAUUGAUUGCUUCCAGUAUUGGAUAGAGCUGAAUCUUAACCAGCAUCUGUAAAUAUUGACCAUUACAGUUUAUCUCUCUGUAAAAUAGGAUUGGAGGAAGGGGUAUUAUGCAUGAGUUAGACUGGAUGACCUCUCACAUUCUUUGACUCCUAAUUUUGCAAAAUUAGCCUUAUAUUUCAUUCAUCCACCAAGUAUUUUGGAGGUACCUUCUGUAUGCCAAACAUACGCUGUAGGGAUAGCUCUGUAAUUUCCUAAUGUAGCAUAAAUUUUUAGUCAGCUGUUCCAGAUCUUCAGUUUAUAGGAUUUGUCUAAUUCCAUUGGCUAUGCUAAUAUUAGAUUUUAAUAGGAAGUAAUGUUUUCUCCCUUUGAACCAAAGGAAUGAGUUACUUUGAAAAUACAGUUUGGAAUAGUAUUACAAUGGUUCCUAUACCUUUAUUUGAACUUUGUAGUCCUAAUACUCUUGACUCUAGAAGACCUUUAAGUAUGCGAGUUAAGGGAGUUAAAAAAAUCACUUCACUUUGGCGGUUUAUGUAUUGUAAGGACAUUGUGAACGUUUAAACUUACCUGACUACUUUCAGAAAUGUUCUCCCGGUACUUUUUGUGAGUAUUUCUACAUUUAGAUCACAGGAUUUGCAUGCACCUGAUUAACAGUUGAGGAAACAUAGUCUUUCCCCUUUAACCUAUUCAGGCACUUUUGUGGUGACGUAAUCUUUCUCUUUUAAGUUUUAUUUAACGUCAUCUUUAAUAGUAGAGCAAACACCUUUUCAAAAGUUUUCACUUAAAGCCUUUGCCUUAGUUACCUUUGGUUUAAUUUAUGGCCAGCACUUUGCCACAUUCUAGAUAUUUGGCUGAUUUAUUCAUACAUGUUAAUGGUCAUUCAGCAGGGGCCUACAAAUGGCCUGGGAGUCACGGCAAGGUUGCCUCUUUGGUGUUUCGACUGGUAUUGAUUGAUUAGUGCUAUCAACUCUUUAGGGGCAAAGGUCAAAAUGAAGGCCUGUCGAAAUCUAUUAGUACUCUAUCUUUGGUCCUUCGAACACUUUGAUAUAUUUAAGGAAAAUAAAGUUGGAUUUCAGGUCCUGCCAUUGCCAUUAAAGACAAAUUCCACCAGGAGUCUUGGUUUUGCCUGGGUACAGAUUUACUUGAAUGUUCGGUACCUGAGGCGUCUGACCGGUAUCAUUAUGCCAAACCAAAGAGCAGCUGCACUACAGUAGUUCUUAAACAUGAACAUGUUUACAGAGUUCAGUUCCAUUUUUACAUGUGGAUGAUUUUUUAAAACCUUGUUGCGUAUUGAAUGAUUUUCAUCCAAUGUGUCAUAAGCGAAUUUAACUGUAAGGUUAGUUUAAAUCAAAUAUGCAAUGUUUACUUGAAUUUUACUUCUUUUAGAAAGAUUUUGACUAUGUUUACAGGAUUGUUUAAAGUAAAGAUUAUCAGACAUGUGAGAUGUCCAUUCAUUAAUCUUUAAAGCAAAUGUAUAUUAAGGGCUUAGGAUCUGUAUAUUGGGGGCACUGAAUAGACAGUGACUUACAAAUAUGUUUUGCUUACAUUUUGUUCUAGGACUAGCACUGCUAUCAAUGGAAACUAUUUUUAACUAAUCUGUUAUUAAGAAAUUAAUCGUAUUUUUGCAUUUCAGCCAAAAUAAAGACCAUAUCUGAUCAUUUGCAAGGCACAGGUGAUGUGUACACCUGAAAUCCACGUGUUUCAUAUGAUCUGAACUGUAUUUUCCAAUCUAAGUUACAAAUGCAAUAUAGAUUCAGAAAGGUCCAUAUUUUUCUAAUGACUUCACUUGCUAUUACUUUGUUGGGUUGCAUAAAGGAGGAAGGAAUUGUAUUUGUAUUAAAAGAUUACGAAAGCUAUUAGUCAAGUUUAUUAUAUUUGUACAUGAUUGCAAAUGAAGCUAUAUGCCCAUAUGAAAGAAAAGAUGGAUACUAUUUUAAAAUGGUCUUUAAUAUGUUUUUAUAGAAACAAAUUUGAAAUACAGUUUAUUUUGGUUGUCUUUACUUAACAAGUACCGUAAGUCCUGUAUUUGUUUCUCAUAAGUAUAAUCCUGGACCAUGACUUAAUGUUAACUCUGCUUUGUCUUUUGGAUGGCCUAACCUACAUUAACAUGAAGGCUGAACAUUUUUAAACUUUUUUUUUCAAAAAUCAUUAUAUUUACCUUAUUAAUAAAUAAAAAUAAAGUCUUGUAUUUGAACAGA